AUGCCCCCAAGACGUAGACGUGGUCCGCGAGUGGAGAACAACGUGGGGGAACAGACAGAGGGAAGUGUCAGGAAUCCACCCCCGCCUCCACCACCACCUCUACCCCAACCAAACGAAAGGGAAUACAUCAAAGCCUUUCGGAAAGAGAACUCACCCAAGUUUGACGGAUUGGAAAAACCCCUGAAGGCGAAAGCCUGGGUACGCGACCUUGAGCGUAUCUUCAACUUUAUGGGAUGCACAGAUAAGGAACGCCUGGCCUGCGUGGCCUAUCAACUGACCGGACCCGCUGACUUUUGGUGGGAAACUAAGAGGAGGACUAUGGACCCCGCUCGCCGUGAGGCGCUUACUUGGGAAGAGUUUAAGGAAGAAGUCUACAACAAAUAUGUUCCCAUGAGUUAUCGGCGGGCGAAAGUAGUGGAGUUCCACACUCUAAAACAAGGAAACAUGACGGUCAUGGAGUAUGACCGCGCCCUAUGCGAGAUGACUCGUUAUGCGCCAGAAUUGGUAGACACAGACGAGAAGAUGGCUUCGAAGUUCCGUUCCGGCCAUAUGCCCGAGAUAAGGGUUGUUGUGGCUAGUCGCAGGGGAAUUCCUUAUUCUGAGGUGUUGGGUUGCGCGCUAGACGUGUAA